AUGGAUACACUUCUCACAAGUGAUUGGGCCAAGCUGGAGAACCUUGUCAAGCUCUUUGAACCCUUUGCCAUUCAUACAGACCAGCUUCAGAGUGACAGCCAGUCACUCUCACAAGUAGUGCCAUGUCUGCUCAACCUUGAGGCACAUCUGCUGACAAGUCCUUUUAGGAAUCCUUUAGCACAAGUGCUUCUGAAGUCUUUAAGGGAACGGUUUGCUGGUAUUCUUAAUCCUGAUUCCACACAGUUUGAUGCUACACCAGCAGGAGCCUGCCUGCUGGAUCCAAAUGUUUCACUGAUUCUUCAGUCACCAGAUACAGCAUCGCUGAUGAAAGCAGCAAAGUCCUUUGUGCAGAACCUGGCAGCUCAGUAUAACCCACGCACUACUUCUCAGGAUGAUGUUAACACUGCAGAGCCCACUGAAACUGUAACAGGGGUCCCUCCUAGUGUCCUUCAGAAAUACCGCUUCCUUGCAUCUCGUAUAGAGCUCAACUUGUCAUAUGUAAAUCAAGAUGGUCUGUUUACUGAGAUGGAGAAGUACAUCACUGAGGUCAAACAGGGUGUGUUUAAUGAGACACCCCUGCAUUUCUGGAAAGCAAGACAGGCUGUCUAUCCAAAACUUGCCCCUGUAGCUCUAGAUCUUACUAGAAAAUAUGGUGAAGCAUGUCUUCCCUUUGGCCUCACCUGCACAAGUGCCAAGGUGACAGCCAAGGGUUUCGCUCCACUGCUUCAGUUUGCCUACACCGCCAAGCUGGUUUUAAGUCAGGAAAACAUCCAUGAAGUAAUUCUGUGCGCGGACGUCCUAGGUAUCCAUAAUUUGGAGGACUCUUGCUUCCGAUUUCUUCAAGCCCAGCUUAGGAAUGACAGCCAACCUGCCCAUAAUGGUAAGGUGGAAUACAACGAUAAUAUCACAACAGAGAAUCCAGUCUUUUCUGAGGAAAUAUCCUGUUAUGAUUCUGCAGACACAAGGCAGCAGGGCAGUCAUGCUGUUGCUGACCUGCCGCAGUGUCCAAAAUAUAGGAAAUAUCAGGAUGGAGUUUGUGAUAACAAGCACAAUGUAGAGAACCAUCAUAUUAGUAAUGACAUCAUUUCGGCUAACCAUACCUCAAUUAGCCCUCUGAGCUCACACUUCACCGACAGUAGCGCUGUUCCGCAAACACGUCUUACACCCUCCAGGAUCAAAGAAGAACCCUGCGUAUUUGAGGAAAAAGGAGAUGAAAGGAAUGACAGCAACUCAGACUUGUGUACUGAGGAGGUAUUGGAGAUGGAGUUAGAGGUAGAAGGGGUUCCAGUAGAAGAUAUGCAAUCUUCCAGCCAAGUAUCAUACUCUUCCUGUUUGCGUUCCUACCUCCAGACAGGUGGUCUCAGCAGCAUGCCAAGCACCACCAUUCAGCAGCUACUAAGCAACCAACUGUCUCUAAAUCAUUACAAAGAACUGGUCAUACAGAGACCACAAACGAAGAGGGAAUCCCUGGAUGAAGUUGACCUCAACACUGGCAUUGCCAAUGUGAUACCAGCAGCGCUUACUGGUAUAAGUAGAAACCUUGAAAAUUCAGUGUCUAAGCAUGAAGGGAAGCUGGACAGACGCAGUGUCAUUUUCUCUUCUGUGCCUAUCAAGCAACAUAUGCUGUCCCAUACAUAUGUUGAUGAGGCCAUCUCAACCUUGAUGCAGGAAGAAUCCCUUCCCUCCAGUCAGUCAUUCCUCAUUACCAGCUGCCCUGUUUCAAUGAAAACAUCAGUGGACUCUCCUACUACUUCUAAAUCAUGCAACCAGAUUUCCAGCCCCUGUGCCUCAUACUCUCACCCAGAGGAUGCAACCAUUGGUAGCUCAUCUUCCACUUCAUCCCAGUUUGACUUUUCCUCAUCGCCACAGUCAGGCUCAAUUUCUGGACUUCCUCACUGCCUGGCUGGGAUGGUGGAGCACAGGAAUCCCCACAAAGAAGUAGUCCUCACUCAGGAUUGCACAAAGAUUAAAUCUGAAAAGACAUUCAGUGCUAGUCGUGGGAACUCCAGUGAUGAAUCAGGCUCUUUCUCAGAGGGAGACAGUGAAAGUGGCACCUCUAGAAUCUCUGGACCUGAGGUGAAGCUGCCUUUUCCUGUGGACCAGAUCACCAACUUGCCACGCAAUGACUUCCAGAUUCUCAUCAAGAUGCAUAAACUGACCUCGGAACAGCUGGAAUUCAUCCAUGACAUCCGCAGGCGCAGCAAAAAUCGUAUUGCUGCCCAGCGCUGUCGCAAGAGGAAGCUAGACUGCAUCCAGAACCUGGAGAGCGAGAUUCACAAACUGGUAUGUGAGAAGGAGAAGCUGCUUAGUGAGCGAAACAGGCUGAAGGUUUGCAUGUCCGAGCUGUUGCAGAACCUCUCUUUCCUCUCCCAGCAAGUGUGUAGGGAGGUGCAAGGCAGCCAGCCAUCGCCCAUCUUUGCCAGCAUUGAUCUCACAUCCAACCCCUCAUCACCUUCAACUGAGGACAGGUCUGUCCAGCCCACGUCACCUGUGACCCAACAAAGUGAGGUUGCUUGUACAUCUAAUUUGGAUGCCAAUCAGGAGGGGUUAGAGGAUAGGCAGCCUGCAGAGGAGAUGUUGCCUUUAAGGCAGGAGGAUCCUGAGCGUUCACUAGUGCUUGAAUCUACUGACAAAGUAUGUAGCCCCACUGUAACAGUGGAUUUCUGUCAGGAGAUGACUGUGAAAUGCACAACAGAAGAACACAACAGACAAGACUGUGCUUAGAGUUUGGGGCUAAAUGACACAAUCUGUGCAUACUUUGAUAUUUAAAGCAUUUGUUUCUAUUCUUUUUUUUUUUAAAUGAAUGAUACCAGUAUUGUCUUUCAAUAUUGUUCAACAGGUAUUUUUUUGACUGGUAUAAAAUAAAAGCAUUGGCAGCUUUCUCUCUCUUUCUGUGUUCCAUUGGAUUCUCUUCCUAUCAUCUUCCCUCCCUGUCUCAUGCAUCAUGGGAGGCUAAACUCAGGAAUUCUACAGAAUGUACAGUGAUAUGCUUGUUAACAUAAACCUGAACUUUACUUUGCAGUCCUGUCUAAUCUUGACAGUUACUUAUGUGCAAAAAUGAUUAGUGGUAAAUGUUUGGAUAUAUUGUAAGUCAGUUUUCAUUUUGAACCACUGAAAUGUGGAAAAUUUUAGUUUAGUUUAGUAUUAUUAUUUCUAUUAAUGUUAUUUAUAUAAAGUAGCUUUAAGCUGUUUUUUAAUAUGCACCCAUUUUACUUCAGUCUGUUGAUGCUCCUCUAGUUAUUUAACCAUGAAUUGGUAAAAAAAAUAUAUAUAUAUAUAUAUAUAUUCUAAUGUCUAUAAUUUAGGGAAUCCCACCUUUACUUAUGGUUGGGGCAUGACCAAGGUGACAUAAAUCCAAACUAAAACCACAGCCAUUUUUAGAGAUCUUUUUGGUGUUUGGGUUAAAUAGUGGAGCUAUAAUUGGACAAGUCUGAGUGUUUUUAAUUUUAGUGAGAGCUCAGCUAGGCCAUGCUGACUUUCCUGGAUAUUUUUGCAGGGGUAUCCACAGUCUCUUGCAGACCAUGGCCCCUUAGACAGAUAAUGAAAUUAAUGAUACAAAUAUUCUAUCUAAAUGAACUAUUGAAAAACUAUUGAAGUAAAUCUGAUUAUAUCAAACAGUUUAGGCUUGACUCUAUAAAUUGAUGCAGUAACUGUUAAGUGAUACAGGCCUUUAAAGUAAAAUGUUACCAAAGUUCUGUAUUUAUAAAAUUUCACAUUGGAAGACAAAAAUUAAAUGAGCUGUCAUAUACAUUUAGAAUUUCUUAUGUCAGACUUGAGCUUUACUUUUUUGUGUAUUUUUUUUUUUUAUCUUUGUCUUCUGUGUUUUUUAAAUGAUUCUACUAAAGAGGCAGAGAUACAUUCCAGAGUCAAAGCACUGCCGAGUACAUCUAAGGGGGAAGACAUGGAAUUGGUUACAUGCUUUGUGAUGUUAGCACUAAAAUUAAGUAUGAAGCCAACUAAGUGGUUUCCAAUAGAUGGUUUCCAUAGGGGUCACUUUAUAUUUAUAUUUUUCCUGAAGAUUUUUCCUGAAGAUUUUCUCACUUGGUCUUUAUAAUAUGAGUUUAGUAUAAAAAUCAGCAUGCAAAAAAACUAUAAAAUUAAGCUUGGCAGAUCUUUGUCAAAACUGCAUAUAUGGUGUUCAAACUGGGUUUGGGGUUUCUAGAUGUUCCAAAUUGUUUCCUGUAAAUUGGAAGGUUUCUACACAGACCUGUUUCACUUGAUCCUGACAAAGACUAAAAUGAAGUAUUAUUCGCUGGCCAUUUUUUAACAAAGCUUACAAAGAAAUUACUGUCUUUGAUUAUAAUGCAUAUAACUCAAAACAGUUACUACUGCAUAUAAGAAUAUUUGAGUACUGUGAAAAGUUUUUCCUCUAAAAACAAGGCCACUUUCAUAUAUUCUGUAUUCAUUACAUUCAAAACAUUUGAAAAUCAUUAAUGUUGAGCUUGAGUAAAAUAGUAUAAAUAGCAUAUAUCCACUUGGGAACUUGGGAGAGCUUCACAGAGAGUAGACUGAGGCUGGUGUUGGUGCAUCAAGAGCACCGUGCACAGACGUUGCUCCUUUUAUAAAGUCACCAUUUAAUUAAAGACAAUGUCAGAAGCAUCUUACCAGAGCUAAGGUAAAAAGCAAAAGAACUGGUGUGUUUCUCAGUGGUCCAAAGUCAUCUUUUCAGAUGAAGGUAAAUUUUGCAUUUCAUUUGAAAAUCAAGUUCCAAGAGUCUAGAGGAAGAGUGGAGAGAAACAGAAUCCAAGGUGUCCAAUGAGAAGUUUCAAAAGAUUGUGAUGAUUUGAAGUAACAUGCCGUCUGCUGAUGUUGGUUUCACACAGUCACACUAAACUCCAACAUGAGUGUAGCUGUCUACCAGGAGACACCUAAUGCUUCCGUCUGCUGACAAGCUUUAUGCAGAAUUGUAUUCCUUUUAUAUCCGGAUUGGUAGGAAACUCCAACCAAAUGGUUUGCUGACCAUGUUAUUGCUGUGCUUGAUCGAACUAGUCCAGGGGUGUGCAACCUUUUACACCCAAAGAGCCACUUGGACCCGGUUUCCACGCAAAAGAAAACACUGGGAGCCGCAAAUACUUUUUGACAUCUAAAAUGAAGAUAACACUGUAUAUAUUGUUUUUU